AUGAACAUCCUGCGUCCAGAAAAUAAUAUGAAGCCAGACUCGGACAUAGUGGGUCGUGAAGGCUUCGCGGAUAAGCUCUUCGAUCAGCUGACUCACGAUGCAGAUGACCGCUCUGAGCUUCGCGUGAUUUCCGUGGUGGGCGAGAGAGCCAUUGGCAAGACAGCCCUGGUGAGGAGUGUCUAUGACCGGCUAGACAUCAAGCGCCAUUUCGAGUGCCGCGCUUGGGUCCGCGUUUUGCCGGGUUCGGGCCUGGAGUAUAUCCUGUUCGAUGUGCUGAGACAGACAACCAUGCGAGAACUGAAAGAUGUGGAUCGCCUGUCAGAACAGCACUUGUCUGAGAUGCUUAAGGAGACCUUAGUGGAGCAGAGAUAUCUGGUUGUGCUGGAUAAUCUACAGGGUGUUGAUCUCAUGAAGAAGCUUCUGAUUUCGUUCUCAGACUCGAGGUCUAAGAACGGAAGCAGGGUAGUCAUUACUAGCAAUGAGAAUAUGUCCUCGCAUUUGGACCCUCCACACUACGAUCCUGUCGAGUUAUGCCAGUUAAACGAGGAAGAAAGCCGCAGGUUGUUGACAAAAAGUGGCUGGACCGAUGAUCCGGAACUUACAGGGGCAAUUUUGGGUAAAUGCGAAGGUUAUCCUCUAGUGAUUCGGCUGCUAGGAGGACUUCUGUCUACUGUCGAAGAGGAUCCUCGCUCUACUUUGGCUGGUUGGGUUCCAAAUAAUUGUCCUCUCGGAGAAAGCAUCUCUCUAAGUUAUGAUCCCCACCCAGACUGGUUAAGGCACAGUCUUCUCUACUUGGUUCUCUUCCCUAGGGAGUUUGAGAUCCCUGUAAGGAGGCUCUUCAACAUAUGGCACGCUGAUGGACUGUUAUCGUCUAGGGGACCAGUACCUGAACGCUCCACGAAGGAUUGCCUUGAUGCAUUGGUUACCAGGAAUUUGAUUCAUGUGGUGACACGGAAACUCGACGGAAGCAUCAGAACGUGCCUCAUGCCUGGUUAUCUACAUGAUUUCUUGUCUGAGAAGGUUAUGGAUGUAGGAACUUGGGAGAUCCCUGAUGAUCCCAUGUCCAUGUCCAGCAGACAACCAGCAGUCCCACAUAUUGCAGUAAAGAUUUGUCCGAGUGCCAAUGCAGAGCGAGAAAUGACGGUAAGCACAAACACUUCCACCGAACCACGUGGAACUAGGCGGGCAAACAUGCCGAGUCUCUCGCUUAAAUCAACAAAUGAUCUAAGUUGUUCGCCCCAAAGGUUGCAGUACAUAGCGAUAAAAAUGGAUGAGGAGAACCGACAAUGCAAGCAGAUGCGGAUGCAUAACGACGCCCAAACUCAGUAUGUUGCCAAGUUUUUUCGUUCUUUGAUGUUAUUCACCACAUGGAAACAGGGAGAACAUGCCAAAGAGACAGAAAUGCUUCUUAAGCCACUUGGUCUUAGAGGAUGCUUCCCUCGGCUAAAGGUGCUCGAUCUCGAGCAUGUUUACAAACCUACGCUCCCCAAAAGAUUGGGGAGGAUAGUGCCGAACCUGCUGUGUUUGGGAUUGAGAUGGACGGUUCUUGAUUCCCUUCCGAAAUCUGUCCAGCACUUGUCCCGCCUGGAUACAUUGGAUCUGAAGCAUACCAAUGUAACUAGUGUGCCCUGUAGCAUUCUGGAGGCAGGGAGCCUCCAACACCUACACAUGAAUGAAGUAUGUCUCGAUCGGUCAGUUAAGCGCACCGCAUCAUUUCGAAAGUCCUUAGCCAACCUUAAAACUCUGUGGGGCCUACGUAUAGAAGGUAUGAGCCCCAUGCUGCAAAUGUUGGGUGAAUUAACAGGCCUCAGGAAGUUGGGUUUGACUUUGGCAUGUGAUUACAAGGUGGCGAGCCGUGCAGCCAAAUCUGUCGCAAGCCUGACCAACCUUCAAUCUCUCAGGUUAAGAUCCCUGGAUGUAUUUGAUCACCCUUCACGCCUAGACUUAGGUGACAUGUGUCAACUACAAUCUCUUUCCAAUUUACAUGUGAUCGGAGCAUUGACAGCGAAAGGCUUGCAGUGCCUUCCUCGAAACCUGAAGAUCCUUACCUUGUCGACGACACGACUGGAGAAGGAGGAGGAUCCCAUGGAAGUCUUGAAGGAGCUCACCGGUUUGACCUGUCUUAGGUUAUUGGCCGGCUCAUACACGGGUCGGAGCAUGACCUGUACCAAAGGGACAUUCCCGGAACUCCGGGUCUUGAAACUGUGGAAACUGGAAGAACUGGAGAAGUGGACAAUACAGGACAGUGCAUUGCCCUGCCUCCAAGACCUGGAAAUCAGAAACUGCACAAGCCUAGAACGUGUUGUCGGGCUAAAGCAUGUAGGAGGCUUGGAAGAAAUUAAUUUGACAGGAGUGAAGAAUGCAGUUGUCGCGACAGUUAAAGCAAUGUGUCCGGCAGCAGUUGUCAUAGCAAGAGAAUUGGCCGUCUCUCCUCCUCAAAGUAGUCGUCCAAAAUGCGAAAUAGAAGAGGGGGCAGAAAAAGAUGAUGGACAUAAAGGUGAAGGUGAAAAUGAUGAUAAAAGUUACGAUGAUGAAGGAGACGAGGACUGUAAGGAAGAUGACGAUGAGGAAUCUAAUGGCGUUGAAGUUGAAGAGGGUGAUGAAAAUGAUCGUGAAGAAGGUGACAUCAACAUCGAUGAAGAAACCCAUGGAGCAGAUGCAGAACAAGAGAAUGAAGCUGAAGCUGCAAAUAGAGAUGGAAAUGGAGACGAAGACGAUGAUGAUGAUGGUUGUUGUUGCAUCAAAGCUGCACGAUCUAUUUUCUGUUGA